CCAUGAUUUCACUCCCCCGGAAACGAACCUUAGAUUUAUGAGUUCCAUGAUCCAUAUGUUUAAAGUGAGUUGGAACUUGGAGUCCGGAAGGGAAUGAGGUGACAGAUUCCUGUCAGUGCAUUGAAUGGGAUGGAAGACGGGGUCGCUCAGCUGUGUGGCUCCAAUGCCUCAGACCCUUUGCCUGUCUGGGUCAACGGACAUGUCGGGGUUUGCUUCAACCAGUUAAUUCUGAGUUCAGGUCCUCAUGUUAUUCUGGCAGUGAUCAGUGCGUGCUAUGCUGGUUCUUACAGAUACUGUGUUUCCAACUCCCCGAGCCGGGCCUGGUUGUGCCGGAUCUUCGUUUCCUUCCUCCUCACCGGUUUUUGUAUUGCCGACUUGGUCCUGGGAGCUGUGUUUCCACGCCAGGUUCCCUCUGCGUUGGAAGUGCUAUCAGGCGGAGUGUCCUUCUUUUCAUGGCUCACUCAUUCCCUGGCUCUCCUCGGACUCAGAAAGACACUGUGCAGCUGUUCACGGGGCCCUCUGACUUUGGUGAUACCAGUUCUUCUCGUGGUCCCGUCUUUGGUGAUCACAGGAGUGUGGUUGUGUCAAGAGGGCGCUGUGACAUCACCUUUGAACUCGUUGCUUGUAUCUCGUUUCUCCCUCUUAUGUCUUCGCCUCUGUAGUAUUGUUGUAUAUUUAGGGGCCUUUCUUAUUCCACCUCCGCACACCAGGUCGCCCAUAGUUGUCUCCAUCAAUGAUGAUGACGAUGAGCGUUCGCCUUUGUUCUCCUCGCUCCACUCGGCCAAUGGUGGGGAGUCAGCUGAAGAUGGUGAGAGUUGGUUAUCACGAUUGUUCUACCUUUGGUUGCACCCCCUUAUGCAGAAAGGAGCAGGUGGAGGACUAAAGAAACCCCAGGAUGUAUGCCACUUGCCCCAUAAUCUCCGCACUGAGAGGAUUCGCCAGGAAUUCAUGUCCAAAUCUGUCCCUGAAGGUCUGCGGCUCUUACCAGCUCUACAUGCCACAUUUGGAGUCCACUAUUAUUCACUAGGUUUUCUUAAACUCAUGUCAAUCCUCCUGGGUUUUAUGGGCCCGCUGCUGCUAAACCUUCUAGUUAAUUUCAUGGAGUCCAGACAGGAGCCCCUUAGUUGGGGUGUACUGUACACCAUGGGUCUGUUUGUCAGCGGAUUUCUGGCUGCCCUUCUGCAGAAUCAGUUCACGCACCAGAUUAACAAGCUGAUGUUGUCGGUUAGAGCGUCAGUACUCACCAGUGUCUAUCGCAAGACCCUACGCGGUGAGGGGACGGGCCUGGCUGGGUUCUCCCCGGGGGAAGUGGUGAACUUCAUGAGCACCGAUGCCGAUCGAAUAUCCAACUUCUGCCGCAGUUUCCAUGAGCUCUGGAGUCUUCCUCUGCAGUUCGCCAUCACACUCUACCUCUUUUACCAGCAAGUGGGCAUCGCCUCCCUGGGGGGGCUUGGCCUCGCCCUCUUGUUGGUGCCAUUGAACAAAGUGCUUGCCACCCGCAUCAUGGAAAACAACAAAGACAUGUUGGCACAUAAGGAUGAUCGUGUCAAGCUGGUGACUGAGCUUCUCUCUGGGAUGCGGGUGGUGAAGUUCUACACCUGGGAAGAACACUUUGCCCGCCUGGUGACCAGCCUACGGAAGAAGGAGUUGCGCAGUCUUCGUGCCAUCAAGCUUCUGGACGCUAUUUGUGUGUAUCUGUGGGCAGCACUACCGGUCCUCGUAUCCAUCAUGACAUUUGUCACCUAUGUAUUGCUGGGGCACCAGCUUACAGCAGCUAAGGUGUUCACAGCCCUGGCACUGGUGGGGAUGUUAAUUCUUCCACUCAAUAACUUCCCCUGGGUGCUGAAUGGAGUCCUAGAGGCCAAAGUGUCUUUGGACCGAAUCCAGUGCUACAUGGACCUCCCGGAGCAGGACAUGCUUCACUAUUACAGAACAGAAGCGCCAUCUACAGACGGAUCCUGUGUAGUGGAAUUGCGAGAUGCUGUUUUUUCCUGGGGGACAGGGUCAGAGGUCAAAGACGGCGGAGAAAGAUCCCGAUCGCUCCAGCUCUUCAUUCAAAAUCUGUCUGUGAAAAAGGGAGCACUGAUUGCCAUCGUUGGUAGAGUUGGCUGUGGGAAAAGCAGUUUGCUUUCAGCAAUCACAGGAGAACUGACAAGACUAGGUGGAGACCUCUUUGUGUCCCAUCAGGAGUUUGGAUUUGGCUUUGUGGCUCAGGAACCAUGGAUCCAGUUUGCCACCAUCAGAGAGAACAUCCUGUUCGGGAAGGAAUUUAAUGAGCGUCUGUACCAGGAUGUCCUGGAGGCCUGUGCCCUGACUGAUGAUCUGAGAGUCUUACCUGCCGGGGACCAGACAGAGGUCGGAGAGAACGGUGUCACCCUCAGCGGGGGGCAGAAGGCCCGAGUCAGCCUGGCCCGGGCUGCUUAUCAGGAGAAGGACAUUUACUUACUGGAUGACCCCCUGGCAGCAGUAGAUGCGGAUGUGGCUUCUCAGCUCAUGGAGAGAUGCAUUCUGGGUAUUCUGAGACACAAGACGAGGGUCCUCUGUACCCAUCGCACCGAACUGCUGGAAAAAGCAGAUGUUCUUGUGCUGAUGGAUGAUGGGAAAAUUGUCUGUACAGGACCACCACAAGACAUCUUAGCCUUGGUUGAAGCCUCUCCCAAGCUCAAAGCCUCUCGAGAAAGACCACUGGAGAACGGUGGCAGUCAAGUAAAUGAAGAAGAUGAAAACAAAAAUGAAAACCUGGUCUGUGAGAAUGAAAUGGGGGAAGAAGAGAAGAAAGAAGGCGCAGUGUCAUUGCAGGUUUAUGUAGCGUACUGGAGAGCGGUGGGAAGUUGCCUGGCUUGUUCGGUGCUGUUAGCGUUACUACUACUGCAGGCCUCAAGGAACAUUUCUGAUUGGUGGCUGUCACACUGGAUUGCAAGCUUACCAGACAAGCCAAGAAACUCUUCCCUUGCAAGUUUUACCCUGUCUGUGAUGUCUCCCUCAUUGCUUCUGUUUUCCACUGGGGGUCUUGUGUCCCCGGUCAGAUGGGAUCAGUCUACAGAGCGGAACUCUUCUCAGGAAAUAACCUUCUAUUUGUCAGUCUACGGGGGAAUUGCAGCCGCGAACUCCGUCUUCUCUGCCCUGCGCGCUCUGCUUUUCGCCUUUGGAGCGGUCCGUGCUGCCACUGUGAUCCACAGACGCUUGUUACAACGAGUGCUGAGGGCUACGGUGACAUUCUUUGACAGUACACCGGUCGGACGCAUCAUCAAUCGUUUCUCCUCGGACCUGUACUGUGUGGAUGACACCCUGCCCUUUAUCAUCAAUAUAUUUCUGGCUAACGUCUUUGGGCUGCUGGGAAUGCUGGUGGUGAUCAGCUACGGGCUGCCCUGGAUUUUGCCCAUACUGCUGCCUCUCGCCCUAUUGUACUAUUACAUCCAGCGAUACUACCGCCACACGUCCCGGGAACUGAAGAGACUGCAGAGCAUCACUCUGUCCCCGAUCUACAGCCACUUCUCUGAGACCCUGACUGGUCUGAGCACCAUCAGAGCCACCCGGCACGCUGACAGGUUUGAAGCAGAGUGCGAGUCUCGCCUGGAGCUGAACCAGCGCUGCAUGUUUGCCAGUAACACCGCUGUGCAGUGGUUGGACAUCCGCCUACAGAUGAUUGGAGUUGUGGUGGUUACAGCUAUCGCCAUCAUCGCUAUAGUCCAGCACCAGAGGAGGGCCGGGGAUCCAGGUCUGGUGGGGCUGUCUCUGUCCUAUGCUCUCUCCAUCACUGGUUUACUUUCUGGACUUAUCUCCAGCUUCACUAUGACAGAGACCAUGAUGGUGAGUGUGGAGAGAGCAGAAGAGUAUUCUACAACGCUACCUUCCGAGCCAACAGAGGGGACAGUGAUGGUGGAUCCUGAUUGGCCCAGAAAUGGUCAUGUUGAGUUCAGAGAUGCAGUUUUAUGUUACCGUCCAGGCCUGCCCAAUGCUCUCGAUGGGGUUAGCUUUACCAUUUCCGCAGGAGAGAAGGUUGGCAUUGUGGGAAGAACGGGUUCUGGAAAGUCCACCCUAUUCCUGGCACUUUUCAGAAUGAUGGAGCUGAAUUCUGGAUUUAUUCUCAUUGAUAACAUGUCCACACGGGAGCUGAAUUUGGAUGUACUAAGGUCACGGCUUGCUGUCAUACCUCAAGAUGCCUUCUUGUUGAGUGGGAGCGUGAGGGAGAACCUGGACCCCCUUUCCCAUCACCGAGAUGCUGACCUGUUGGACGUCCUGGAGCAGUGUCAUUUGCAGAACUUAGUGUCGCGCAUUGGUGGCCUGGACGCUGACGUUGGAGACAAAGGGAAGAGAUUUUCUCUGGGACAGAAGCAGCUUUUGUGUCUGGCCAGAGCUUUGCUAACUCAAGCCAAGAUUCUGUGUAUUGACGAAGCUACAGCGAGUGUGGAUCACCAAACAGAUCAUCUCCUCCAGCAAACCAUCCGAGAGCGAUUCAGAAAUCGGACAGUACUCACUAUCGCUCACAGGUUGAACACUAUCAUGGAUUCCGACCGAGUGCUGGUAAUGCAUGCUGGGAAGGUGGCUGAACUGGAUUCUCCCAUUAUCCUCAGCAACAAGAAAGAUUCACACUUUUACAGACUAAUAAACAGUGGACAACUCUAAGGAGAACGAUGGGAGGUGGAAAGAAGCCUUUACAGUAAGAGACCGCAGAGCCAGUGCACUGAGAAGGAUGGAGAGUACAGCUGGUGCAGUGUAAGAGGAUGGAGAGUACAGCCAUACAGUAUUGAGGGAUGGAGAGUACAGCCGGUGCAGUAUGAAGGAUGGAGAGUACAGCUGGUGCAGUGUGGGAGGAUGUAGAGUACAGCCAAACAGUAUUGCCGGAUGGAGAGUACAACUGGUGCAAUGUGAGAGGUUGGAGAGUACAGCCAGUGCAAUGUGAGAGGAUGGAGAGUACAGCCGGUGCAGCGUGAAGGAUGGAGUUUAGAACCGUAGCAGUGUGAAGGAUACAGAUUACAGCCGCUGCAGUGUGAAGGAUGGAGUGUACAGCCAGUGCAGUGUGAAGGAUGGAGUGUACAGCCAGUGCAGUGUGAAGGAUGUAGAGUACAACCGGUGCAGUAUGAAGGAUGGAGAGUACAGCCGAUGCGGUCUGAGAGGAUGGAGAGUAUAGCCAGACAGUAUUGAUGGAUGGAGAGUAGAACCUAUGCAGUGUGAGUGUAAGGAGAGUACAGUCAGUGCAAUGUGAGAGGAUGGAGAGUACAGCCGGUGCAGUGUGAAGGAUGGAGAGUACAGCCGGUGAAGGAUGAAGACUACAGCCGGUGCAGUGUGAAGGAUGAAGAGUACAGUUGGUGCAAUGUGAGAGGAUGGGGAGUACAGCCGGUGCAGUGUGAAGGAUGGAGAGUACAUCCGGUGCAGUGUGAAGGAUGGAGAGUACAGUUGGUGCAGUAUGAGAGGAUGGGGAGUACAACCGGUGCAGUGUGAAGGAUGGAGAGUACAGUUGGUGCAGUGUGGGAGCAUGGAGAAUACAGCCGGUGCAGUGUGAAGUCUAUAGAUUACAGCCGGUGCAGUGUGAGUGGAUAGGGAGUGCAGUCUGAAGGAUGAAGAGUACAGCCGAAGCAGUGUGAGAGGAGGGAGAGUACAGCCGAAGCAGUGUGAGAGGAGGGAGAGUACAGCAGAAGCAGUGUGAGAGGAGGGAGAGUACAGCCGGUGCAGUAUGAGAGGAUGGAGAGUACAGCCGGUGCAGUGUGAAGGAUAUAGACGCCAGCCGGUGGAGUGUGAGAGGAUGGGAAGUACAGCUGGUGCAGUGUGAAGGAUGGAGAGUACAGUUGGUGCAGUGUGGGAGCAUGGAGAAUACAAACGCAGUGAAGGAUGGAGAGUACAGCCGGUGCAGUGUGAAGGCUAUAUAUUACAGCCGCUGCACUGGGAGCGGAUGGGGAGUACAGCCGGUGCAGUGUGAAGGUUGGAGAGUGCAGUCGGUGCAGUGUGAGAGGAUGGAGAGUACAGCGGUGCAGUGUGGGAGGAUGGAGAGUACAGCCAAUGCAGUGUGGGAGGAUGGAGAGUACAGCCAGUGCAAUAUGGGAGGAUGGAGAGUACAGCCAGUGCAAUGUGGGAGGAUGGAGAGUACAGCCGAUGCAGUGUGAAGGAUGGAGAGUACAGCCAAUGCAGUGUGGGAGGAUGGAGAGUACAGCCAGUGCAGUGUGAAGGAUAUAGACUACAGCCGGUGCAGUGUGAGAGGAUAGGGAGUACAGCCGGUGCAGUGUGGGAGCAUGUAGAAUACAACCGCAGUGCAGUGUGAAGGAUGGAGACUACAGCCGGUGCAGUGUGAGAGGAUGGAGAGUACAGCCGAUGCAGUGUGGGAGGAUGGAGAGUACAGCCGGUGCAGUGAUAAGGAUAUAGAUUACAGCCGGUGCAGUGUGAAGGAUGGACAGUACAGUCGGUGCAGUGUGGAAGGAUGGACAGUACAGUCGGUGCAGUGUGGGAGGAUGGAGAGUACAGCCGAUGCAGUGUGGGAGGAUGCAGUGUGAAGGAUGGAGAGUACAGCCAGUGCAGUGCGAAGGAUAUAGAGUACAGCCGGUGCAGUUUGAGAGGAUGGGGAGUACAGCUGGUACAGUGUGAUGGAUGGAGAAUACAGUUGGUGCAGUGUGAAGGAGGGAGAGUACUGCCGGUGCAGUGAUAAGGAUAUAGAUUACAGCCGGUGCAGUGUGAAGGAUGGAAAACAGUCGGUGCAGUGUGAAGGAUGGGGAGCACAGCCGGUGCAGUGUGGGAGGAUGGACAGUACAGCCGGUGCAGUGUGAAGGAUGGUGAGGAUGGGGAGUACAGCUGGUACAGUGUGAAGGAUGGAUAAUACAGCCGUUGCAGUGUGAACGAUGGAGAGUACAGCCGGUGCAGUGUGAAGGAUGGAGAGUACAGCUGGUGCAGUGUGGGAGGAUGGAGAGUACAGCCAUACAGUAUUGCGGGAUGGAGAGUACAACUAGUGCAAUGUGAGAGGAUGGAGAGUUCAGCCGAUGCAUUGUGAAGGAUGGAGAGUACAGCCGGUGCAAUGUGAAGGAUAUAGACUACAGCCGGUGCAGUGUAAAGGAUGGAGAGUACAGUUGGUGCAGUGUGAGAGGAUGGUGAGUACAGCCGGUGCAGUGUGAAAGAUGGAGAGUACAGUUGGUGCAGUGUUGAGCAUGGAGAAUACAUCCGCAGUGAAGGACAGCCGAUGCAGUGUGGGAGGAUGGAGAGUACAGCCGAUGCAGUGAUAAGGAUAUAGAUUACAGCCGGUGCAGUGUGGAAGGAUGGACAGUACAGCCGGUGCAGUGUGGGAGGAUGGAGAGUACAGCCGAUGCAGUGUGGGAGGAUGGAGAGUACAGUCGAUGCAGUGUGGGAAGAAGGAGAGUACAGCCAAUGCAGUGUGGGAGGAUGGAGAGUACAGCCGAUGCAGUGUGGGAAGAUGGAGAGUACAGCCAAUGCAGUGUGGGAGGAUGGAGAGUACAGCCGGUGCAGUGAUAAGGAUAUAAAUUACAGUCAGUGCAGUGUGAAGGAUGGGGAGCACAGCCGGUGCAGUGUUGGAGGAUGCACAGUACAGCCACUGCAGUGUGGCAGGAUGGACGGUACAGUCGGUGCAGUGUGGGAGGAUGUAGAGUACAGCCAAUGCAGUUUGGGAUGAUGGAGAGUACAGCCAUACAGUAUUGAGCGAUGGAGACUACAAACGGGUCCAUGUAAGAGGAUGUACAGUAGAUUACAACAGUGUGAACGGAUGGAAAAGUAUAGCUGGUGCAGUGUGAAAAGAUGGAAAGUACAGCCGGUUCUGUGUGGGAGGAUGGAGAGUACAGCCAUACAGUAUUGAGGGAUGGAGACUACAAACAGUUACGUGUAAGAGGAUGUACAGUAGAUUACAACAGUGUGGAAGGAUAGAGAGUUUAGCCAAUACAGUAUCGAGAGAUGUAAAAUACAGCAGGGUAGUGUGAGUGGAUGGACAGUACAGCCACUCCAGUGUGAGCGAUAGAAAGUACAGCAGUGCAGUUUGAGAGGCUGGAGAGUACAUCCAGUGCAUUUGGAGAAGAUGGACAGUACUGCCGCUACAAUGUGAUGGGUGGAGAGUAUGGUCGCUACAGUGUGAGGGGGCGGUGAGUACGGCGAGUUCAGUGUGGGAGGAUAGAGAGUACGGCCACUGCAGUGUGAGAGGAUAGAGAGUACGGCCACUGCAGUGUGAGAGGAUAGAGAGUUCCACCCAACAUACUGUAUGUUUCAGUAGAAUACCACCAGGGGCAAUGCUGCAAAAGAACUGGGCUUAACAAAAUGCUGUGUAAAUGGAUGUACAGGAUCUGGCACCUGCUAACUUAAGGGGCCCAUGCACCAGGCAGCGGAGAAUGGGGAAUUGCACCGAAUUUCCUGGGUCGGGGGACCGGGAAAAUCCAACAUGUUGGAAAUUGUCGAUUCAAAAAAUUCUCAGGAUCGGCGAAUCUGGGAUUUUUAAUGUGUAGGAUUUUGACAAUUCCCCAGCGGAUCUCCGAUCAUUGAUGUCAGCCGAUUGGCAGAACGGGGAGAUGCGUUUCUGAAGAUAGGCCACCAAUGGGAAGAAGUUAGUUUCCCGACGGACGGGAUUCCGGCAGUCUAUAUACUGACGCCAGGGUCCCGAAGGAGGAUGCAAUAGAUACCGACAUCGCAUGGGGGAACGGCGUCACAAUACCGUCAGCCGGCAUCCCGAUCGUCCUGGCAGCGGGGUGCUCUGGUGUCCUGUCAUGGGGUGGGGAGGGGGGUGUUGAGGGGGGGGGGGGGGGGCAGAGAAGUGCUAGGGGACUGAUGGAUGGAAUUCUGACCGACGGCAUCCCGUAGAUCGGUAAUUCAUAUUGAAUCCCCAACCAAGGGUAGAAAGAGAAUGCAGCCAGAGCCCGCAGUCUUCCAUCUUCCUUGUGUCCAGCUGGUGCUCUCCUGUAUCACUCAGAUUCUCAGGGUUUUAUGAUGCUGUAGAACAUUGGACCACUCCAUGUCUUCCUGGCUCAGUAAUGAUGGCUCCCUCCGUCAUCAAUAAUGCUGGGAGUUUAUAAUAAUGUGGUUCUAGUAUGUGUCAAGCAAGUUGUGUUUUACUGAUGUUUCCCUUUCCAUAAAUAUUUUUUUUUAAAUAA